UGGUUUUGUUCUUCCUGUUCUCUUUUGCUGUGCUGCAUUUACAUCAGAUUACAACACGGAAGCAACGGUUCCUCCGAAUCAUUUGCCUGUCCCAAAAAGGAUUCAGACAGGUACUGUGGGCCGAGUAGGGGCCCCAGGCGUGGAGUCCCAGGAUCUGAGUGUCCAUUUGAUCAAGGAGAGAUGAGUAAAGGAAAAACCAAAGGGCAGGAGAACAUGCCCAGUUCUCUCCUCAGCAGCCAGGAGAAUGAACGCCUGCUGGAGCUGCUGGGAAGGAGAUGUGUGAGCACGGCCACAGCGGUUGUUCAGUUGUACAUGGCUCUUCCUCACAGUCCGACCCAAUGGAGUCUCCAACAUACAGGAGUCGUGUGUUUCAUUAAGGACAAUCCUAAACGUUCAUAUUACAUCCGGCUCUAUGACAUAAAGGAAGGUAAAAUGGUCUGGGAGCAGGAGCUAUAUAAUCAGAUGACAUAUUCCUGUCCAUUGAGGUUCUUCCACAGUUUUUCAGCUGAUGACUGUCAAGUAGGUUUGAACUUUGCCAGUGAGACAGAAGCUGAAGUGUUCAGAAACGUCACUGAGGAGAAGAUUAAUCACAGAUUCAACCGCCAGGAAAAACGACAGCAUGCUCCAUCUGAAGAGAAACAGGCACUACAACAAAUCCCUCCAACAAAUGGUCCAGUUUCACAGCCCAGUUUAAUGACCACGGUGGACAUCCAGAACCCAGAUAUUGUUGCAUCAAGGUACCGCUCUCCCCCAGUGCCGAUCCCCGCACCAGCUUCAGUCUCCAUAUUAAGCAAAAAAGACAAAAAGGGAAAGAAGAAAGGCCCAAGGCUCACUAAGGCAGAUAUUGGAGCACCUAGUGGAUUCAAACACGUCACUCAUAUUGGGUGGGAUCCAAACUCUGGUUUUGAUACCAACAAUCUCGACCCUGACCUGAAGAAACUGUUCAACAGUGCUGGUAUCAGUGACGCCCAGCUGGCAGAUAAAGAAACAUCUAAGCUAAUCUAUGACUUCAUCGAGCAAUCUGGAGGGUUGGAUGCAGUAAAAGAGGAAAUGAGGAAACAGGACCCAGGAGGUCCUCGUUCUGCCCCUGCACCUCCUCCACCCCGUGGUGGGCUUCCCCCAGUGCCAGGCCCACCCGGACGCCCUCCACCACCUGCACGCAGUCCUGGACCUCCGCAUCGCGGUCCACCGCCACCUGGAGGCCGUUGUGGGCCUCCACCCCCACUGCCAUCCUCUCUUCCGCCACCACCACCCAGCCACAGUCACAAGCCAUCUCCUCCACCUAUGGGUGGAGGUGCGCCACCUCCGCCCCCACCACCUCCUCCACCACCACCUUCUUCAGCCGCUAACUUCCCCAGUAGCCCUGCCAGCUCAGCUCCACCUCCUCCUCCUCCCUCUGGUGGUGGAGGACGAGGAACUUUACUGGAGGAAAUUCGUCGUGGGCGUGUGCUAAAGAAUGUGCCUGACUCCCCGGACUCUAAUCCAGCUCAAGAUGAGUCCUCAGAGGGAAUUGUGGGAGCUCUGAUGAUGGUGAUGCAGAAAAGGAGUAAAGUUAUCCAUUCCUCAGAUGAUGAAGAAGAUGAUGGUGGUGAUGAAGAGGAAGAGGAUGAAUGGGACAACUAAUGCUUCUCUCUGCUCUUGGUUCACACACUUAUGCCAUU